CGGAAUAUGGUGGGAUAAGCUUCGACGAAGCGGUGAUCAGAUGCAAGGAGAACAACUCAACUGUGGCCAGCAUCCACAGUGAGGAGGAAAAAGAAUUUGUGGAAAAAAUCAGGACGGAGUCGGUGGGGAUGCCGGUAUGGAUUGGUAUGAGAAGAUUCCUGAAGGAGAAGAGCUGGGUGGACGGGUCCCCUGUCGACUUCUUACCAAGACCGGGCGGCUACCAUUCUGCCAGAAACCCAGACACGUGUAUUUACAUCAGCAGUGACUGGUACGAGGGAACAUGUGACAACAAUUUGUACUUCAUCUGUAAACGUGAAGCUGACGAUCCACCAUAUUCAAGCCAUUUGAGUAGUAAAUCGAUGCCCGGAUACUCUACCACUGUCACCCAGAGAUGGGCAAGUGAGGAUACCCUGGCAACCUCUGCGUCAAAUACCAUGUCAACAGUUUCCAUAUUGGGCGGAGAAGCCAGUUCAAAACCAAGUAACAACACACCUCAAGGAGAUUUGUAUGAUAAACAACGGUUUGAGGAGGUACUGAAGAGUUUGAAAGUCAAGAAGAAGAAAACUGGCACACAUAGUACAAAAGAAGCUCCCGGGGGCCAAGCGAUCGGGGCAGUCGCCAUGUUUAUUCUGUUGCUGAUGUUCACUGGGGUUAUUAUUUUAGACCUGAACACAUUCCAGAAGAACUGGAGAAUGUUUCGCAGAAAUGUGUCUGAUAUGCGUUACCAUUCCCAGUGAGAAAGUUUAGUACACACUAAUAUGCAGAAAAGAUUUGCAGAAACUGUAAAAUCUACAAAUA